AUGGCCUCCUUCUCGGAGAUCGCCUCCAUCUACUUGGCCCUCAUCCUGCACGGCGAUGAGAUGACAGUCUCGGAGGAUAAGAUCUAUGCCCUCAUUAAAGCAGCAGGUAGAAGUGUUGAACCCUUGUGGCUGGGCUUGUCUACAGAGGCCCUGGCCAGUGUCAACAUCGGGAGCCUCAUCUGCGAGGUAGGGGCUGGGGGCCCUGUUCCAGCAGCUGCUGCUACACCAGCAGGAGGUCCCACUCCCCCCACCACGGCUGCCCCAGCUGAGGAGAGGGAGCUGGAAGCAAAGGAAGAAGAAUCUGAAGAGUCUGAUGAUGACAUGGGCUUUGGUCUUUCUGACUAA